AUGGCACAGAUGCCAAAGAAAGCGAAGAAAAUGUCUGUUACUAUGUCGCAUGAUAGUACGACGCGUUUCAUUGCGGCGGUUCGAGAGCUACCAGUGUUGUGGAACGUGGCACUGAACGAUUAUCGUAACGGCAUGGCGCGGGAAAGAGCGUGGGCGAAAAUAGCUGAAGAGCAGGGCUUUACCAUCAGCGAAGUAAAAGAAAAGUGGAAGAGUCUUCGUUCUUCCUAUCGUCACUACACCAAGGUCCGGAAGGACAGCAUGUCAUCCGGAGCAGGAACAUCGCAAAAGUACCGGAUUGAUUGGAUGUGGUACGAUGAAAUGGUUUUCCUCGCGGACACCUUUGAUGGGGGAAAAACUAAAAAUUCUCUUCCAAAAACUCGGUUGAAGGCUUCGGAACGUGUGGAUCCAUCGCAGGAUGCAAUGAUGAUGGAAGAAUGGUUGGAGGAUCCAGUAUUAGAUACUGCUGCGCCGGAAGUGGUGUUGGAGGAGGAGGUGUUGGAAGAGGAGGUGUUGGAGGAGGAGGUGUUGGAAGAGGAGGUGGUGACGGAGGAAGAGCAUCAACCAGGCCCAUCCCAUCAGCAAUCGGCGGUACGAUCAACCCGUCAAAAUCGACGCGAGGGGAACUCCCGCAUCGAUGAGGAAUGUAGUGAGGCCCUACAGUCGUUGGUUGAAAUGAACCAUGCAAUUCUGGACCACCUGAAUCGUCCAGAAAUUCACUAUGUGUCGUCAUUGCGAGAAAAGCUGGAGCAACUUUCCCCCCGAAACAGAACGGCUGUAAAGAUUAAAAUCGACGCCCUGGUAAACGAAUAUCUGGAGAGAGAAUUGGAGAAUCAAUAA